AGUAUAAUAUUCGAACCUAUCGCACAAAUUUCAAAUUUAAUGUCGGAAUUAAAUACUAUAUCGAUUCAAUAAAAGUCCGGUCUUCCGCCGCUCCAGUCUACAAGAGAAGUGGAAGAACAGAACUGAAGCUCACCAAGAGCGCUGAUGGCUAACAACUCCCACAAAGUUGCUGUCGCUCUCAUCCUCCUCGUUUCCCUGGUCAUUUCGACAAUUGGAGAUGAAGUUAGACAUGGGAAGUUCCCUCUGGUUGUGAGCACCUGGCCAUUCUUGGAAGCUGUUAGAGCUGCAUGGGAGACUGUAGAGAGUGGGCUUUCGGCGAUUGAUGCAGUCGUAGAAGGUUGCUCUGCUUGUGAGCAACUGAGAUGCGAUGGUACAGUUGGUCCCGGUGGAAGCCCAGAUGAGAAUGGAGAAACUACAAUUGAUGCGAUGAUAAUGAAUGGGGUGACAAUGGAGGUUGGAGCUGUUGCUGCAAUGAGGUAUGUCAGUGAUGGCAUCAAAGCUGCAAGAUUAGUGAUGCAGCAUACAGAACACACUUUGCUUGUUGGAGAGCAAGCAUCAAUAUUUGCAAUUUCUAUGGGUCUUCCUGGCCCCACUAACCUGAGCUCUGAAGAAUCUAUAGAGAAGUGGAUAAAUUGGAAAAAGAACAGAUGCCAGCCAAAUUUUCGGAAAAAUGUGCUGCCAGUUAAUGAUUGUGGUCCAUAUCAUCUGAAGAGUAGCUCGAACCUGGGUGAGAAAGUAUGCUUGAACAAUGUGAGGGUUGGUCUUGAUGAAUCUAGCUCAUACCAUUUUGGUCUCCAUAACCAUGAUACAAUAGCGAUGGCUGUUAUUGACAAAACGGGACUUAUAGCUAUUGGUACCUCAACAAAUGGCGCCACUUUUAAGAUCCCUGGCAGGGUUGGUGAUGGACCUAUUGCUGGUUCUUCUGCAUAUGCUGACACGGAAGUAGGAGCUUGUGGGGCAAGUGGCGAUGGUGACAUCAUGAUGCGCUUUCUCCCUUGCUAUCAAGUCGUGGAGAGUAUGAGGUUAGGCAUGGAACCUAAGCUUGCUGCUGUAGAUGCCAUUGCAAGAAUUGCAAGGAAAUACCCCGAUUUUGUGGGAGGGGUUUUUGCAGUUGAUAAGAAUGGCACGCAUGCAGGUGCAUGCCAUGGUUGGACCUUUCAGUACUCAGUGAGGAGCCCUCACAUGGCUGAUGUGGUGGUUUAUACCGUCAAACCACAAAUAUCAACUGCUUGAUGCACUCACUUCUGCAGCAUGCCUACCUCCUACAUUCUUCUUAUCGUCUGCAUUCCUCACAUAUUUUUUUUUCUUUUUUGGUAGAUUGCGCUUAAUGUUGUGUGAUGCUGCAGACAGUUAAAGAUUUGCUUGGGAGAUCUAUUGCUUGAAGUAUAUUUUCUUUACCAA